AUGGCCACAGCCGACUCACGACGACCAGCCAAGCGCGGCGUCCUCUCCUGCGCAGAAUGCAGGAGGCUCAAGUUGAAGUGCGACAGGGCGCCGUGGCCGAGCGCAUCGACUCUCGCAGACCGCGUCGAGCAGCUCGAGGCGAUCAUGAAGUCCCAAGGGCUCGGUGGCCUUGUCCCGCCGCUGACGGACGCAGAGGUCGCGGCGUACGGGACUGCUUCGUCCGUCGGCGCGAGGCAGAGACAGAUGAUGGAUGCCAUGGAGGCGGUCGAGAAUGACAGGGCUGGUGCAGGGGCCGGAGCACAGGAAGAGGAGGACGUCGAGGCGAUUGGAGCUGCGGUUGGAUCGCUUACGAUGCGAAAUGACGGGUCGGCGCGGUUUCUGGGUGUCGGGGCGGCGCUGGCGUACACAGGCGAGGACAGCAGCGACUCCGCCGAAGAGGGCACCGACGGCGAAGGAACCAACCCAAACGGCGGCGGCGGCGGCAGUUCCGCCAGCCUCCCACGUCGCAUCUCUCCCCCCUCGACCUCGCACAGCAGCUCCCUCCCUCCCGAACUCGAGUCGCCCGGGUUUCCGUUCAUCCAGCUCCGCAAUUCGCUCAAGCCUAUACAGGACUUGUUGCCCGCGAAGGAGGAGGCAACGCGGUUGGCGCAGGUCUACUGGGACCGCUGCGCGUACAUGUUCGCGCCGAUCUGCCACGAGACGUACUGGGACGACUACUUCCCUACCGCCUUCUCCUCCGAUCCGCAAGGCGUCAACACCGGCACCAAGCUCGCCUGCGUCUUCAUGACCCUCUCCCUCGGCUCAAUCUUCGACCCCUCCGCUCCUCCGAUCCCCUCACCCCUCGUACACCGCUUCUACGCAGCAGGCCAAGCCGCACUCUCCGCCUCUCGGUUCCUUUCGCACCCGACGCUGGCGGGUAUCCAGGCGAUCCAUAUGAGCGUCAACAUCCUUUUCAGCCGACCGAACGUCAAGGAGGGCGGCGAGAUGUUCUGGCCCGUCUACGGACUCGCGAUACGCGCGGCGCAGAGUAUGGGCUUGCAUCGAGAUCCGGCGUUGUGGGGAUUGGACGAGAAGGAGGUCGAGCGGAGACGGACGACGUUCUGGGAGGUUGCUUGUCUGGACCGGUUACAGGCUUUCUUGAACGGCCGACCUUACAUACUGCAGAAUAAGGAUUUCGACACAAAGAUGCCGACUGAGAAGGACGCCUAUCACGUCGAGCGGUUCAAGCUCUCUCUUGUCGUCGGCGACACUAUCGACGAGCUCUUCUCCGUCAAGCCCGUCACCUACCCCGCCAUCAAGUCGCUCGACGAGAAAGUCCGCAAGGCCUACUCGGAACUACCCGAAUCGUGUCGCUGCUCGGCGCUGCCAGAAGAGGCGUUCUCGACGCCUGGAUCGGUCCCGAUGCAUUCGCCGCCGAAUCUGCCUGCGGCGGGGGAGUCGACGAGACUUGUGCUUCAGCAGCAUAUGCUUGCGAUCUUGUACAGCGUCUUGCUCCUCUACCUGCACAAGAUCCCCUUCUCUCAAGCGCUCGACAAGUACGCGCAAGAACCCCUCCAAUCCCCCUUCGCCUCCUCCGUCACCAUCGUCAUCCUCGAAGCAAGCGCAUACAUCAUCAAGCUCGUCAAGAGUUGGACUCAGGUCGACGAGGUCGUUGGACCGAGAUGGUGGAAUCAGGCUUGGCAUGCGUUUGUUGCGGCGGCGGCGCAGGCGUCGUUGGUCAUCAAGUCGCCUGGGUCGAUGCUUGCUGGACACGCCUGGCAGCAACUGAACGAAGCCUGCUCGCUCUUCGAGAACGCCGCUCCCCGCGGUCCGACCUACGCCAAUCUCCUCCCUCGCAUCCACCUCCUCCGCCAAAAAGCGCACGACGUCCUCGUCUCCGUCCGUCACAUCCAGCCUACCCUCGUUCCCCUACCGCCCGACGCUCAAGCAGUCGAGUUGUCCGAGUUGAACGCGCUAGGGACGUCAACGCAGCUUUCGCGCGGUCGACCACGGACUGCGACGAUCAAGGAGGAGGGAGGUGCGGUCUCGGAGGAAGCGGCCGCGGCGGCUUUGUCGCUGUUGCAGCCUGCGCCGUGGCAAACGCUCGACUUUGCCGCGCCCGGCACAGCUUCGGCGUCAAUGCCGCAGUACGCGCAUCCUCAGCAGUACCCGCAGCCGUCGAACCCUUCGCAAGACCAGCAGCAACAGCACCGGCCCUCUACGUCCGACUCGCAACAUCAGCAGCACGCUCGCGGGCCGUUCGGCUACGUACCGCCAGGCUCGCACCCCACUAUGCCCGUCUACCAACCUUACCCCGCCCCAGGCCCGUCGAUGCCUCACUACCUCCCUUCGCAACCGCCCCCUCCGCCGAUGUACGACUCGCCUGAUCCUGCGCUUUUCGGCUCGCAAGAAGCGUACCGCUAUGCGACUCAGCAGCAGCAACAACAGCUGCCGAGCGGAUCAGUCGGACCCGCGGGGGAGAUGUGGUUCGCGAGCGGAAUGGGGAUGGGAGGACCGCUCCCGCCUCAAGGUCCGCAAGAUUCAUGGAGUCUCUGGGGAGACAUGUUGCGCAACGCAGGCUGA